AUGGAGGAGACUAAUGUUGUGAUAACUUCACAAGAUAUUCAUGAUUCUAUCAGACAAAAGCUUUCUCAGAGGUCCAAUCCAUCAUUGGGGUCAACAACUUCUAUUCACAGAGUCCACAAAAGAAUUCGCAAACUGAACGAAGAUGCUUACACCCCAGACACAGUCUCCAUCGGCCCCUAUCACCGUUCGACACAAAGCUUGCUGGCCAUGGAAGACCAUAAGUUGCAAUACCUCCAAGCAUUGCUUGAUCGAACAAGAGAGAGAACCAGUCUAGAAGAGUAUGUGGAAGCUCUCAUGGAAUUAGAAGUUGAAGCCCGUGGAUGUUACUCAGAACCCAUCAACUUAACUACAAAAGAAUUCAUAGAAAUGAUGCUCUUUGAUGGCUUCUUCAUCAUUGAAUUAUUUCGGAAAAAUUCAAAUUUUGUUCCAGUAGAUGAUUAUGAUCCAAUAUUCUAUUCCAGUUCAAGGAGAGCAAGGAUUGUUCGUGAUUUGGUAUUACUUGAAAACCAAAUACCCAUUUCGGUUCUUCAAAGAUUAUUCGAUCUAAGUAAGGAUCCUAACCAUGAUUCUCUACCACUCAUCAAAAUGGCUCUCUUUUUCUUCCAUGAUUUGAUACCACAAGCCAUGCACAAGUGUCCUCAAAAUACUAAGUCCAUUAGAGACAACCAUUUACUUGAUCUGUUAAGCUACACACUUGAUAGUUCUCUUUCAACGAUCAAGAUGCAAGGAUUGAGUACAGGACUAGAAUCUCUACAGUCCGUGACGGAGCUCCGGCGUUCCAGUGUCAACUUGAUUGAUAUAAAGUUCAAUGAAGGAGUGUUUGAAAUCCCUCAAUUAUGUGUUAAUGAUUACACAGAUUCCUUUUUCCGAAAUCUUAUUGCUCACGAGCAAUACCGUAUUGGAGGUACACACUACAUAACAUCAUAUGCCAUGUUGAUGGAUUACCUUAUAAACUCUACUGAUGAUGUGGCAUAUCUACGUGAUCGUGGAAUUAUUAUUAAUCAAAUAGGUGACGAUAUUAAGGUCUUGUCUCUAUUUAGCAAUCUCUGUAGUGAAAUUUCAAUUAAUGCUACGGACUUCUAUUACAGUGACUUGUGUGAGAAAGUGCAUGAAUAUUAUAACAGACGCAGUAACAAAUGGAAAGCUACAUUAAACAGAGAUUAUUGCAACAGUCCAUGGAAGAUCAUUUCAGUGGUUGUAGCAAUUGUAUUACUUUUUCUCACGGUCUCUGGUACUGUAUUUACCGCAUUGCGUUUCUUCAAUGUUCAUGCAUAA